UGUGUUUUGAGGACCUUCUUAGAAAUUUAGACUUGAUAAUUUCUUUGGAAUUAUUAAAUAUUCUUUAAAACCCAUAAGAUAAUGCUUUUGCCAGUACAAACCCUUUGUGUUAUCUGCCAGAUUUAAGGACCACGGUACAGCUAUGGAUACUGAACCAAACCCUGGAACAUCUUCUGUGUCGACAACAACCAGUAGCACUACCACUACCACCAUCACCACUUCCUCCUCUCGAAUGCAGCAACCACAGAUCUCAGUCUACAGUGGCUCAGACCGACAUGCUGUACAGGUAAUUCAACAGGCAUUGCAUCGGCCUUCCAGCUCAGCUGCUCAGUACCUUCAGCAGAUGUAUGCAGCUCAACAGCAGCACUUAAUGCUGCACACUGCAGCUCUUCAGCAGCAGCACUUAAGCAGCUCCCAGCUUCAGAGCCUUGCUGCUGUUCAGGCAAGUUUGUCCAGUGGAAGACCGUCUACAUCCCCCACAGGAAGUGUCACACAACAGUCAAGUAUGUCCCAGACAUCUAUCAACCUCUCCACUUCUCCUACACCUGCACAGUUAAUAAGCCGUUCCCAGGCUUCCAGUUCUACCAGCGGCAGUAUUACCCAACAGACUAUGUUACUAGGGAGUACGUCCCCUACCCUAACUGCAAGCCAAGCUCAAAUGUAUCUCCGAGCUCAAAUGCUGAUUUUCACACCCGCUACCACUGUGGCUGCUGUACAGUCUGACAUUCCUGUUGUCUCGUCGUCAUCGUCAUCUUCCUGUCAGUCUGCAGCUACUCAGGUUCAGAAUUUAACAUUACGCAGCCAGAAGUUGGGUGUGUUAUCUAGCUCACAGAAUGGUCCACCAAAAAGCACUAGUCAAACUCAGUCAUUGACAAUUUGUCAUAACAAAACAACAGUGACCAGUUCUAAAAUCAGCCAACGAGAUCCUUCUCCAGAAAGUGUUAGAAAAGGAGAAAGUCCAAGUCUGGAAUCACGAAGCACAGCUGUCACCCGGACAUCAAGUAUUCACCAGUUAAUAGCACCAGCUUCAUAUCCUCCAAUUCAGCCUCAUCCUCUAAUAAAGCAUCAACAGAUUCCUCUUCAUUCACCACCUCCCAAGGUUUCCCAUCAUCAGCUGAUAUUACAGCAGCAGCAGCAGCAAAUGCAGCCAAUUACACUCCAAAAUCCAACUCAAGAUCCACCACCAUCCCAGCACUGUAUACCACUCCAAAACCAUGGCCUUCCUCCAGCUCCCAGUAAUGCCCAGUCACAGCAUUGUUCACCAAUUCAGAGUCAUCCCCCUCCUUUAACAAUGUCUCCUAGCCAGUCACAGUCAGCACAGCAGUCAGUAGUGGUGUCUCCUCCACCACCUCAUUCACCAAGUCAGUCUCCUACCAUAAUUAUUCAUCCACAAGCACUUAUUCAGCCACACCCUCUUAUGUCAUCAGCUCUCCAGCCAGGGCCAAACUUGCAACAGUCCACUGCUAAUCAGGUGCAGCCAACAGCACAGCUGAAUCUUCCAUCCCAUCUUCCACUUUCAGCUUCCCCUGUUGUACACAUUGGCCCCGUUCAGCAGUCCGCCUUGGUGUCCCCAGGUCAGCAGAUUGUGUCUCCAGCAUCACACCAGCAAUAUUCAACCCUGCAGUCCUCUCCAAUCCCAAUUGCAACCCCUCCGCAGAUGUCAGCAUCUCCUCCAGCUCAGAUUCCACCACUACCCUUACAGUCUAUGCAAUCUUUACAAGUGCAGCCUGAAAUUCUAUCCCAGGGCCAGGUUUUGGUACAGAAUGCUUUGGUGUCAGAAGAGGAGCUUCCAGCUGCAGAAGCUUUGGUCCAGUUGCCAUUUCAGACUCUUCCUCCUCCACAGACUGUUGCGGUAAACCUACAAGUACAACCACCAGCAUCUGUUGAUCCACCAGUGGGAAUACAUUUGAACCAGUGUCAUCUGCACAAAGUUUUUUCUCUUAAGGUUUAUCAAGUGGAAGAUAUGUGUGAAGAGGAAAUGCCAGAAGAGUCAGAUGAAUGUGUUCGCAUGGACAGAACCCCACCACCACCCACGUUGUCUCCAGCAGCUAUAACCGUGGGGAGAGGGGAAGAUCUGACUUCUGACCAUCCUUUGUUAGAGGAAGUGGAAUUACCUGCUGUGGCAUCAGUCAGCGCUUCAGUAAUUAAAUCUCCUUCAGAUCCUUCACAUGUUUCUGUUCCUCCUCCUCCACUCUUACUUCCAGCUGCUACCACAAGGAAUAAUAUUACAUCUAUGCCCAAUAGCAUUCCCAAUAUAGAAAACAAACCUCCACAGGCCAUUGUUAAACCACAGAUCUUGACCCAUGUUAUUGAAGGCUUUGUAAUUCAAGAGGGAUUGGAGCCAUUUCCUGUGAGCCGUUCAUCUUUGCUAAUAGAACAGCCUGUGAAAAAAAGACCUCUCUUGGAAAAUCAGGUGAUAAAUUCUGUGUGUGUUCAGCCAGAGCUACAGAAUAAUACAAAGCAUGCAGAUAAUUCAUCUGACACAGAGUUGGAAGACAUGAUUGCUGAAGAGACAUUAGAAGAAAUGGACAGCGAGUUGCUCAAGUGUGAAUUCUGUGGUAAGAUGGGAUAUGCUAAUGAAUUUCUGCGGUCAAAACGAUUCUGCACUAUGUCAUGUGCCAAAAGGUACAAUGUUAGCUGUUCUAAAAAAUUUGCACUUAGUCGUUGGAAUCGUAAGCCUGAUAAUCAAAGUCUUGGGCAUCGUGGCCGUCGUCCAAGUGGCCCUGAUGGGGCAGCAAGAGAACAUAUCCUUAGGCAGCUUCCAAUUACUUAUCCAUCUGCAGAAGAAGACUUGGCUUCUCAUGAAGAUCCUGUGCCAUCUGCUAUGACAACACGUCUGCGCAGGCAGAGCGAGCGAGAAAGAGAGCGUGAGCUGCGAGAAGUGAGAAUUAGGAAAAUGCCUGAGAACAGUGACUUGCUAUCAGUUGCACAAACAGAGCCCUCCAUAUGGACGGUUGAUGAUGUCUGGGCCUUCAUUCAUUCUUUGCCUGGCUGCCAGGAUAUCGCAGAUGAGUUUAGAGCACAGGAGAUUGAUGGACAGGCCCUUCUCUUGCUAAAAGAAGACCAUCUUAUGAGUGCAAUGAAUAUCAAGCUUGGCCCCGCCCUAAAGAUCUGUGCACGCAUCAACUCUCUGAAGGAAUCUUAACGAGAUCAUGAGGCUUUGCGAUAACAUCAGUUUUAUUCUUCUUAAACAAACUUGUAAGGUAAAGGCUCAGGUUGGCCUAGAAUAUUAUCACGUAUUGUGGUGGAUAGCCAAGAACAUUGGGAUCUCCACAUGAAAAGCUGACAUUUCUUUUACAGAUAUAAUAAUUCAUCAUACAUUUUCAUAAUUAGCCAACAUUGGUGAAAUUAAUUUUACAGGUUACAUACAACAUUGAAAGACCUGUUAUAGAGGGCCAUGAUAUUUUUCAAAGAAACGUAUUAUAGUACUUUUUAAAAAAGUAAUGUUUAUCAUUAAUAUAAAGAAUCCUUUUAAAACUAACUUAAUGAUUUACAUUUCUCUUUUGAUUCAGUUUUGUUAUACAUUUUUCUACCCUAUAAGUUUCCCAUAAGUUGUCAUUAGAGAUAAUUUAAGAAUAAUUUAGGAGUCCAGUGACUGGAAUUGUAUGCAGUGAGAUAUCAUUGUGCAUUUAAAAAAACAUGUCUGUUAGAAAGUUGUUUUGUCUAUAAAAAUGGAUUGCAUUCUAGCAAGAAUAACACUGAUCUGGGAGUCAGACAAGUUGGUUUCUAUUCUAAACUUGACCAAGAAUUUGGUGUAGCUGAGAACAUUGUCCUCUUAGUUUUUGUACAUGUAGACCAAUAGUUCUCCUGGAGAUGAGUUUUGCUGCCCUGGGGACAUUUUGGUUUAGCUGAGGGGGCUGAGGGAGGGAUGCUAUCGGUACCUAACACAUGGAGGACAGGGAUUGUAUAUUUCCUACAAUGCAUAGGACAGUUCUCCACAACAGCUAUGCGGUCCAAAAUGUCAGUAGUACCAAGGUUGAGAAACUUUAAUGUAGGAGUGAUAAAUGAUUCCCUUUUUCACCCAGAGGGAUACAUUACACAAUGGAAAUAUUUCAGGUAGCAUCAGUGUUCUGCUGAAGUAUUUUCCCCAGUGUAUGCACACUGAGAAAAAGGGGAGCGAUCCAUUAAAUUGGCCGAUAAAAUAAGGACUAGCAUAUAAAUAGACUCUCAAAAGAUACUGAUUCAUAUUAUCUUUUAUCUAUGCUCCUCUGUGAUAAAAGGCAUAAUCUGAUUACACCUUAUGAACCAAUGUACAUAUAACCUUUACCAACAAGGCAAUAGUGUGUAGCACAUACACGUAUUUGGUCUUUGGCAUUUUUCUAAUGUUGAACAUGCUGGGUCUAGCUAGAAAGCAUAUUCCCUUUUCCUGACAAAACCCUUGCAUGCUUUCUGCAGAGCACUUACCAAGUGAUAUCUCUUGAAUGGUGAGGUCUAAGUUUGUAUGUACACGUUUUAGGGGGGAAAUUUUUAAGUAAAACCUUUCACCAAACAGUUAGUGAUCUACUAGAAUUGUGACACCAAAACAUAAUUGUUUUGGGAGCCUUGAGAGCUUUAUAGUCCUGGACAUCAAAAAUUUGUUUAUUUUUUUAAAUCUUAUCUCUAUCAUACAAUGAAAAUGUUUUAAUAAUCGAAGGAACAUACAUAGAUAUUUGGCAAAAGUGGAAAGAGUCUAUGGGUUUCAGUCAUUAUCACUGCUCUUUUCAAAAAGAUUGUGUUGACCUAGUAGAAGACUAAAGAUGUCAUUAAAGACAUCACAGAUAUUUAUCUUUUGGCUUUGUGUACAUUAGAGAAUGUUGAUUAUUUUUAUACAAAAAUACAGCGGGUAAUUUUUUUAAUCUGUA